UUUUACUGUCGGGUGGCCCGGGAGACAAGUGGUGUAAGAAGCUCGGAAUUUGUGUCCGGUUGAGCUGGUGUAUCUCAAGCGACUCUGCAUCAUCGAGCGACCGUAUACACUUCCGAGCGCGAGCCUCCGAACCUGUACGUCGGGGAUACCUCGCUUCUGUGCCGAUUCGUGAAAAGCUGCCAGCGGUAACAAAAUCAAGCUGGUGUCAUCGUCCGUGGUUGCUUCCUGGAAAGUGACCAAUUACAACUUCGAAGCGAUAAACAAGAGGCUUCACUAUGUCUUCGGCAGCGAGUCGGCCAGUGCCAGUGUGCCGCUGGGGCAGGCAAGAUGUACGCGGUGCUGGGUCGGCGUCACGGCCGCGUGCUGGGCGGCGACCUUCGCGAGGGUUCGCAGAUGUUCGAGGUGACGGCCGUGCUUCCCGUGGUGGAGAGCAUGCAGUUCGCCAACGAGAUACGCAAGCAGACCUCGGGACUGGCCAACCCGCAGCUCGUCUUCAGCCACUGGGAGCUGGUGGACGUGGACCCGUUCUGGGUGCCUUCGACCGAGGAAGAGUACGCGCACUUUGGGGAGAAGGCCGACACCGAGAACCGGGCUCGCAAGUACAUGAACUCCGUGCGCAGGCGCAAGGGCCUGCCCGUCAGCGAGAAGGUGGUCGAGCACGCCGAGAAGCAGCGCACUCUGUCCAAGAAAAAGUAGGCGCAGCUGCGGCCCACUUGGCGGGC